CUUUUUUACAUAUUAUACUUUUAAUACUCUAUCGGGUACAAUCGAUAUCCGGCGAUAGUCGUCAUGGAUCAGGAUCACUUAAAGAAUGCCAAAAACGCCACGCGGAGAGUUGGUCGUCUGCGGUCGCUGGGAAUCGUUACAGUCGGAGGAGCUGCCUUGGUGGCGGGCAUUACGGCAUACAAGAACCAGGACCAGUUUUUCCGGACCUUCGUGAUGCCAGCGGUGCGACUUCUUCCGGCGGAAGCCAGCCAUCAACUGGCCGUGCUGGCGUGCAAGUACCGCUUGUGCCCGGUUUCACAGUACCAUGAUGACCAGAACUUGCACACGCCGUUCUUUGGACGGAUGCUUAGCAAUCCUAUUGGCAUUGCAGCGGGAUUCGAUAAGAACGCGGAGGCGGUGGAUGGGCUGCAGGAUCUAGGAUUCGGAUUUAUAGAGGUGGGCACAGUUACCCCGGCGGCCCAGGAGGGCAAUCCCAAGCCGAGGGUAUUCCGGUUGACCGAUGACAAGGCCAUCAUUAAUCGGUACGGAUUUAAUAGCGAUGGUCAUCAGGCGGUGCUCCAACGGCUGCGCCUGCUCCGCAAAAAGGAGAACUUCAAUGGAGUUGUGGGCGUGAAUCUGGGCCGGAACAAGACCACCAUGAGCCCGAUAGCAGAUUAUGUACAGGGUGUCCGGGUUUUCGGGCCCGUAGCAGACUACCUGGUCAUUAAUGUGAGCAGUCCGAACACCAAGGGCCUGCGCGAUAUGCAGAGCAAGGAGAAGCUAAGAGAGCUCCUGGAACAGGUCAACGACACGAAAUCAUCCCUGGAUAAGAACAAGAAUGUGCCCAUACUCUUGAAACUCUCGCCGGAUCUAUCGUUGGACGACAUGAAGGACAUCGUGUGGGUAAUCAAGCGCAAGAAGAGCCGCGUGGAUGGCCUAAUCGUUUCCAAUACCACGGUGUCGCGGGAAAACAUCGAAAACAAAAAGCUGGCCGAUGAAACUGGCGGAUUGAGUGGUCCUCCACUCAAGGCCCGCUCCACAGAGAUGAUCGCCCAGAUGUACCAGCUCACCGAUGGAAAGAUUCCCAUCAUAGGCGUCGGCGGAGUGGCUUCUGGCUAUGAUGCAUACGAAAAGAUCGAAGCUGGGGCUUCCUACGUUCAGAUCUACACGGCUUUAGUGUACGAGGGACCCGCUCUUGUGGAAGACAUUAAGGCGGAGUUGUCGGCGCUGAUCACACGGCUGGGUCACACUAAUGUUGCGGACGUGGUGGGCACCAACAGCAAGUUCUACUUGCCCAAAUGAAUCAAAGAUGCCACGAUUUGAAACAAGUGCUGCAUUCAUUUGUGUAAAACUAAAACAUUUCUCAUGCUUUUCCUUUUGGUCUAACCAAUAAAUCAUUAAAUUCUUCAUUAA